AUGGUGCACUUUUAUUCUCUUUCAGAGCUGUCUUUCCUCCUCCUCCUUGUCCCGGCUGCCUGGUUGUGCCGCUGGUGCCUGCCUGCCCGGCAAGUCAGAGCAUGUCCGGACCCCGUGGACGCGCUGCAGAAGAUGGCAGAGCUGCUGGAACCGAGGGACAAGAGCAGGGAGGGGGCUUGGGGGGCUCCUGCGCUGCCUGGCUCCUGCCUGGCAGACAACAGGCUGAACCUGGAUGUUUAUCCUGACGGCUGCUGCCGGUUCCUCCAGCUGUUCCAGGGGCGACAGGGAGAGGAGCUCCAGGUGGAGUUCCUGCGGCUCAGCACCAACGACCGCCUCCUUGGCACCGCGCUGGGCAUCCUUCCUCGUCUGAAGCACCUGAAAUCCCUGGUGCUCAAAGGUGGCCAUGCCAGAGAUGAGUUUGGUUCAUGUCAGCGUGGCUCCCUGAAUAGCUUGCCACCAGACAUUGGGAACCUGAGGUGUCUCACCCACUUGGAUCUCAGCUUCAAUAGCCUCUCCACCUUGCCCAGCUGCAUCCUCCACCUGCCCAGCCUCUGUGUGCUCCUGGUGAGCCACAACAGCCUGGUGGCACUCCCUGAGGACUUCGGCUCUCUGAGCAAGCUGACUUUCUUCUCGGCUAUGAAAAAUCAGCUGAAGGAGUUGCCUCGGAGCAUUGGAGAGCUGGCAGUGCUGCAGGACCUGGAUCUCUCGGAAAAUGCUUUGGAAUUCCUCCCUGAAGAAGUUGGGAAUCUGCACAACUGCACAGAGCUGGAUCUCUCUGGGAAUCAUUUAUCGAGCAUCCCAGACUCCUUAGCCAAUUUGAAGUCUCUGCGACGGCUGCAUCUCCACAGCAAUCUCCUGGUGACAGUCCCUGCCUCGCUUGCCACCCUGCCCAACUUGUCCAGACUUGAUCUGCAGAACAAUUGUCUCCGUGCUGUCCCACCCGAGAUCCAGACCUCCCCGUUUGUGCACCUCCGAGGCAAUCCCUUGGGAGAAACGGAGCCGUCCCCGCAGGCUGAUGAAUCCAGUGCGAGAGGGCUACAAAGACUCUUCCUUGCCUCAGGAGAGGACAGCUUUACUGUCACCUCAGAAGGCUGCAGAGUGUUCCUGGCCUGUGGCAUCCAUUUCUACUUCCCACCGGGGGCUGCAACUGACCCGCUGCGGAUCUACUUCCGAACCCUCGCACCGGAUCCUCAGUGGGUAAAGCUGAGACACCACGAUGUCCUGCUAAGCAGAGUCCUGGAGCUGCAGCCUCAUGGGGUCAAAUUCCAGCAGGAGGUGCAGAUCUGGAUGCCAUAUGCCUCCCCUCAAACCCUUCACCAAUGUGAGGUGGUGGUUCGGACCUUCAGUGGGCAGAGCUGGAGUGAUCUGAGAACAAGAGUGGAGCAGAAGAGAAAAUCAAAGAAGCACAUGGCUCACUGCAGUGUCCUUCACUUCUCUUGGUUCCUCGUUGUGUCUCGACUCGUGCAAAAUGAGUGCAAAGUGCCAACAGAGGGGACAUUGCUCUUUUCCAGUGUGGAUCCAAACAUCAAAGUGACUUUUCCUCCUGGAGUCACUGAAGAGACUCGCAGUGUCAAGCUGCAG